GCUCUGCUUCCCCGGCCAGGAGCAGCUGGUGCGCCUCAUCUACCAGGGCCACCUCCUCCGGGACGACGGGCAAACCUUGGCCGCCCUCCACCUGGCCCCCAACAGUGUGGUCCACUGCCACCUGAGCCAGCGCCGCCCGCCUUCCGCCGACCCGGCCGCCGCCGAAGGAGCCCGGACCGAAGGCGAGGCCUCCCGCGCCGCCCCGCUCAACGUGGGCACCUUGAUGAUGCCCCUCCUGGUGCUCCUGCUGGCCGCCCUCUGGUACGUCCAGCUGCAACACCGCCACGUCUUCACCGCCACGGCCACCACCUGCCUGACCGGCCUCACCCUCCUCUUCAGCUGCGUGGCCUUUGCCGUCUACCGCAGAUGACCGCCAGACGGCGGGGCGGGACUCCGUUGGAGAGACCGACGCCGGGCCGAUCUCAGCUUUGCCAGGGCAAGACUGAAACCCCCGGGGAGGGAGGGAGGGAGGGGAGUUUGGGGUUGGGCUGGAUGACCUCCCGGCCUUCCUUCCCCCCACUCCGCCCUUCGAAACUCCUCAACCGCCGGAAGGGGUGAGGGAUUUUGUUUGUCUUGGAUUAUCUGUCUUUUUUCCCAUUCAAGCUGCUUGAAAGGAAGAAACGGUCUCCGCAGAGGCGGGAGGGGAAUCCAGGCACGGAUCUCCACUUACGACGGGUCUCCGCAGAGGAGGGAGGGAGGGGAAUCCAGGCACGGCUCUCCACUUACGACGGGCCAUUCCUCAGCCUUGUGGAGGACCGUUGGGGGGCCGAUUGGGAUUGGCGACCAUCACAAGGGCCUCGGGAGGCGGGGCUUUGACCAGCCUGGUGGCUGUGUGUGUGUGUGGGAGGUUCACUUAACGACGGGAGCAAAGGAAUGUCACUCAAUGGGGCUCAGCUCCCUUCAGAAAGAGGAAUGUUGGGGUCAAUCCUUUCCUUCCUUUGUCUCCCUUCCCUUCUUUCUCCUUGCAUUCCUUCCUUUUUCUUUC